UCUGGCUCUUCUGAUCAGUCAAUGUAUCUGAAUAAUCUGGCCAUCAGUCUCCAAGCCAGACUCAUGCAACAGGGUGCCCUGUCUGACCUGGAUGAGGCUAUCAAGCUUUACAGAGUUGUACUUCCAUUCCGUUCCCCUGGUCACCCUGGUCGAUCCACGACUCUCAACAAACUUGUCAUCAGCCUUCAUGACAGAUGGAGGCAGCGGGGCUCCCCAUCUGACCUGAAUGAGACCAUCAAACUCCACGCUGCCACACUAGCACUGUGUCCCCCUGGCCAUAUUCCUCAAUUGGAGUGUAACAACAACCUUGCCACCAGCCUUCGUGACCGAUUUCAGCAGCACGGAACCCUGUCUGAACUGGAAGAUGUCAUCGAGCUCCACAGAGCUACACUCAUAUUCUGUCCACCUCACCAUGCUCUUCGAUCCAAUUAUAUGAACAACCUUGACGUCAGCCUUUGUGACAGAUUUAGGCAGCAGGGCGUUCUGUCUGACUUGGACGAGGCCACCGAGUUCUACUGGGCAGCACUCGCACUGCGUCCCCCUGGCCAUUCUCUGAUUCAUGUCUCAACGACUUUGCCACCAGCCUUCCAACCGGAUUCGCGGAAUGUGCCGCCCCAUCUGACCUGGACGAGGGAGGCCAUUAAGCUCCAUCUAGCUGCAGUCGCGCUCCGUCCCCCUGACAAUCUUAGGCGAUUCGUAUUUCUCUACCACCUUGACAUUAACCCUGAAACCAUGUUCGAGCAGCAGGGUACUUGGAUGAGGCCUAUAGGCUGUAUACGCAGCUCUCAAAAAUUGCAUUCAGUCUCUCGCCAAUGGGGUACGCCCGAUGAACAGAUAAAACACCACUUUGCCUUGCUUACCGUAUUCGUUCACAUAUGGGCUUAGUUUGAGACUCAGUACUCAUUCCCCGAUCUUUUAAACAUUUGCAGUGCCGAACUUAUACUCUGUCGUGUCGGCAUAAAUUAUCAUAUAGUUUUCUUGAAACAAGUUCCAGUGAUUCUCGUACCCACAGCUGAUGUCUAAUAAACACGUGUAAGCUCCUCCUGCACCUUGACUGUUCAGAUGAAAGUCUGGGUGGUUCGAUCCC